AUGCUGAAAAGAAAACGUCCUGGAUACUAUUCUGGAUGUUGCUCCCGAUCCAAGUGGCCUUUGUCUAGAGAGAAGUUCAAGUGGGACAAGUUUAGCGAAUUACUUCCCAACCAAGCUAGCAAGAGAGAUGAAGUCCCUUCAUGGCUGAAAACCAGAUUGUGUGAAGUGGGGAAAUUCAAGGGACCAAAAAAGGAGACCAUUCUCGAUGAGCUUCUCCAAAUAGCAGAUGCCAUUCUCAUGGAUGAGGUCUCGAGGGGCUUGGAAAUGUGCAGAGAAUCAGUUUCCCAACUGCUGAUUAGCCUUAUUGACCUACACAACCAAGAAGCCGAAGCAUUCAACAAAAAAGCACAGAAAGAACACAUGGAGAAAGCGUGUGAGCUGGAACAGAGUGGGGAACUGGACGAAAAAGAACUCGAAGCCUUUUUGAAGGAACAGCCUCAACAAAUCAGCCUGAUUUCCAAAGAGUGGACAGCCAAGAAACUUGAACAUAUCGUGUACCGUCUUUACGAGCCCAGACGCAAAACCUUGUUCAAGAAGGGCGAUAGCGGUCCCAAGUCUGAUGCGCUCUGGUCUUCCCAACGGAAAAAGAUUGCAAACAGCUUGCUGUCAGAUCUUUUUGGGGCUGAUUUGAAAUCAUCCGUUUUUCAACAAAUGCGAGUGAACUGGGCCAGGGAAAACAAUGUGAUCCUUGUUGGGGCAGAUCUUGCAGGGGAGUGCAAUGUGCCGGCUGGGUUUGGAGCAGUGAUGCAGCCAAACGAUCAGUUCCAUCAGUUCUUCCACUUGUUGAGAUCUGCUUAUUUGCGCGUUGCAUGUGGAGUUCCUACAAACCCGCUGCACUCAGAGCUAGCUGGCAAGGAGCUCGGGCCGCAGAACGUACCUACCAUAUCAUGCCCCAUACGAACAUCUUUAGCUGCUGAUGCCUUCGCGCUCAACAAGCUACGUGAAUAUCGAAAAGGAUCCAUUGUGCAAUGGGCAUGGAUUACAACAGGUCACGUGUCGGAAGAGGAAGUAGCAGAAUGGAAAUUCGACAAAGACCUUGACGCCUUUCAGGAAGCCAUGGCUGCUUGCAGAGGGGGGAUCAAGGAACUUUUGCACAUGACAGAGGUCCCACCUGUGAACCAUGAGGAGUACAAACAUGCUUGGCAAGGAGCUGCUGGCAUCCUGAAAGGUGAACAAUUUCAUGCGUGGUUUGCUGUUCGACAAGACACUGGCCAUGGGGACGGCACGACCAUCCAGCUACCCCACUUUGUGAACACCCCCCUAGAGGUACUGAUCAGCCAUUGGCUCGCGACGAAGGAGGCAUGGGACAAACGGGUUGCAACCAGAGCACUGGAGGGCAAAUUGCUUACGCCCAAAGCCAAGGAGAAGUUUGAUGCAUUUUCCUCGGAGCCAACUCGAGUUCUUGUGGUAGACUUGCAGGAGCAGAAGGCGAUUGCUCCCUCCAAAGUAGCUAUCAAACAUUCUACCAACAGGUACGUGGUGAUGACAAUUACCAUGUCCCAGCAGGCUGAACAGCUACGUGUCCGGUUUGGCAGUGGUGCGAUGCACAAGUUGAUUGUGCGUGAGUAUCUUGGAAAAAUUGUUUAUGUAGCACAGAUUCAGGAAGGUAGACCUCUAUGA